CAAAGUUGUGAGCUCUCGGAGUCACAGACAAAAGUAUUUAUUUUGAUAAUUAUGCAUACAAGCGAAAGGGGGUUUUCCCUUUAUCGAUUUAAAAUUUCCCGACCAUACCGGAAAACUUUCUAAGUGACUUACCAGAAGAAAUGUAUUAUUUAGCCAUACGAUAUGUUGCACCAGUUAGUGCAUUACACCUUCUUCACGAAUAACAACCAAAAUAUCACGUACGAUUGUACGAUUUGGAAAUCAAACUGAAAACUUCGUCGCAAAAGCUAGAACAUGAGUUGCAUACAGCACAACGCUGUUACUGAAAGCAGCUAUCUGACGACCGAGGUUUAAUCUAAAAAAUGGAACAGCAGAGACGCUAAAGGAAAACAGUUGAUAAUACUUGCAAUCAUGCCAGGAAUAAAUAUCAAAGAUGAUGAUCGUAAGAGAAUUGAUCCUAAACUCAUGUGUUCUUCGUGUAAUCUGCUGCUGACAAGACCCAUGCAGACUACUUGUGGACACUUAAUUUGUUCAUCCUGUGUUGACACACUGCUGGAGGGUUCACGCCUAAUAUGCCCAGAAGAUGGAGUGGAAAUGAAAAAAGAGGAGAUAUUCCCGGACACAUUUAACAAUCGUGUGCUCGGGGAUUUGCCUCUGCACUGCCCUAAUACGGGAUGUCUUUGGAAUGGGACUUAUUCUCAGCUGGACAGUCAUUCUGACGUCUGUGAUCAUGCUUGGAUAAAAUGUACUCGCUCUGGAUGCGAGAUGAAGUUAAAACGCGGCAAUCUUCCCAAACAUGAGAAAGAUAAGUGCAAAUAUCGCAACGUGAAGUGUGAAUAUUGCCAACAAGAUGUUUCAUUUGCUUCUCUUAAGGUUCACGUUUCUACAGUCUGUGUGGGUGUGCCCGUAACCUGCAAAUUCUGCAAAAAAAAUGUACUGAAAAAGGAUAUUGAAAGUCACGAACAAGUUGUGUGUGGAGAGGUACCAACAGAAUGCGAAUUCCACUCUUUGGGUUGUAAACCUGACAAGGCUUUGAAACGAAGUGAACUUCCCCAGCACAUGCACGACUCUUUGACUAGCCAUGUUACCCAACUAUUGCAUUUUACUCUUGGUUUUGAAACCCAACUAAGCAGCUACGUCCCACGACAAGAACUUACUGGCACCGUUCAGAAAUUCAACGAUGAUAUCUCCGAGAUUCGCUCCGGCGUGACUGAGAAAUUUGACACGGAACUCGGCAAAUUUACUGAAUUGGAAGGAAGAAUUGAGAGUUUGGAAACCAGUCGUGACAGUGAAACAAGGAUGAGCAAUAAAUUCCGUGAUCUCGAGCGCAAGGUUUCUGAUAUUGCCAGUGAACUAUGCGGGGUACGUGAACGCAAUUUGAUCCUGGAGAACAAAUUGAAAGAAAAGAAUUUGCAAUUGGAACGGAUGCGAAGCAGGAUGGAUCAAGCGGACGAGUCUCUUGCUCUUAAUACGGUGAAGAUUGCCGACUUGGAAUCACGAGGUGGUCCACGUGCACAACAGCCUAUUCACAGUCGCAACGGGACCUUGCUGUGGAAGAUUGAUAAUUACCAGAGGAAACGACAAGAUGCCAUAAAUGGGGUGAAAACGUCCUUGUAUAGUCCAUCCUUCUACAGCGCUCAGUAUGGUUAUAAGAUGUGCGCUAAAAUCUACAUGAAUGGCGAUGGCUUUGGAAAAGGAUCUCAUCUAUCACUCUUUUUUGUUAUCAUGAAAGGAGAUUAUGACGCCCUUCAAUCUUGGCCAUUUCAAAAGAAAAUUACCAUGAUGCUCUUGGAUCAAGGUAAUGGAGAUCACAUGAUUGAUGCAUUUCACUCUGAUCCUCAAAGUUCGUCUUUUAAAUGCCCCAAUUCCGAAAUGAAUAUCGCGUCAGGAUCACCCUUGUUUAUGCCCAUCGAUAGCCUGGAUAAUCGUCAAUAUAUAAGGGACGAUACUCUCUUCAUCAAAAUCAUUGUAGAAUAAAUAUUAGCCAACUGGGGCCGGUUGUUCGAAAGGCCUUUAGCUUAAAACUGUGGAUAGGUUAAAAAUGGAAAACAAAAUCAUCUAUUUAUUGAGCAACUGAACUGAAAUAUUUCGAUGUAAAUAGUUUAAUUGUCAAUGGAAGUACAUAUUAAAUGCGUAAGAUGCAGGUUAGGUCAUUCACAGGAUCUAUGAGAGUAUUUUUAAAUUAACUUUGGCUUUUCCACCGUUUAAGCUAAACGCCUUUCGAACAACCGGCCCGUGAUCGGACUUUUAGUUAAAGGUGAAGAUUAGGUUGGGUGAUGACUUAAAUCAUUGUAAUGCUUGAGUAACUAGCAUUUAUGUGCUACAAUAUAAAGCUAAAGUAUUUGCUUAUUAUACUCUAUUACUCUUCUACUAUUAUAGUUAAUCUUCUACUAUUAUAGUUAAUAUAAUGAUCUAUCAAACAACUUGGAAGAACAAUUUCGACCGCAGUUAAGUUCUGUAUCAUAGUUUUAUGCAGGGAAACUUUUUAGAUCGGCUUAAAUGAAGUAUAUCCCUAAUUUAACCUAGCCUGGCUAGGUAAAGUAUUGGUGAUUUUUUUUAAGCAAUGCAAUUAUGUUAUUACACUUUUAUGUAUUAUAAUUAAAGCAUGCGGUAUAGAACACUUAUUACUUGUUUGUAACUUGAUCAUAAACAUAUCUAAUAUACAGUUAUAAAAUC